AUUUCUAAGCCCUUCCCUCUUACCAUUCACCAACCCAACCCAACCCGCCUACCGAACCACUCCAAAAAAAGAAGCCUGCCCCCUGCUUCUGCAUGGAAGGUUGGUAACGAAUUGACGUUCUCACCCAGUUAUUUAUUUCUGCGUCCUUCUCAAACCGUUGGAUAUCGCUUUGCUGUGUUUCGAUAUUCCAGAUAACUAUGGGUCGACCUGAACGAUGGGCGCUUAGGUGAGGAGCGGGAUCCUUUAAUAACAUAUACCUCUCUGCGAGUUGGUCACCGAGAACAUUUGCAGGGUUACUCUGGGUUUAGAGUUAUUCGAUUGAUUUCAACUUCCAUUAAUGGCAACUCCUGCGAAGAAGAUUUUGCUGACUUCCAGUGGCGAUGAUAUUUCGCUCAAUAUUGCCCAUCAUUUAGCGAAGGGUGGCUGCAGGUUAGUUUUGAUGGGAGAUGAAAGUCGCUUACAGAGCGUUGCGGGUAAGAUAACAGAAUCUCUCGACAGAGGGAUUGGUCAGAUCGAGGUGGUUGGAGUCGAUAUGAAGGAUGUGAGUGAGGCCCAAUUCGAUCAGGCAGUCGAUAAGGCGUGGAAGAUCUUGGGGAAUUUCGAUGCUUUUGUCGAUUGUUUUCACCAUGAGGGAAAGAAUCAAAAUCUUCUCGACCUGGUUGAGAAAGAUUUCCAAAAAAUAGUGCAAACAAAUUUCAUGGCGGCGUGGUUUCUGCUAAAAGCAGUUGGAAAAAGAAUGCGAGAUUUCAAUUCAGGAGGCUCCAUUGUAUUUCUUACCUCAAUCAUUGGGGCAGAGAGGGGAGUUUAUCCAGGAGCUGCUGCAUAUGGUUCAUGUGCUGCUGGAGUACAGCAGUUAGUAAGGUUGGCAGCACUAGAGAUUGGAAAAUACCAGAUCAGAGUCAAUGGAAUUGCUCGCGGUUUGCACUUAGAGGAUGAGUAUCCAUUAUCAGUGGGGAAGGAGAGGGCAGAGAAGGCAGAUGGUGACGUGUUGCCACUCCUAAGAUGGCUUGAUGUGAAGAAUGAUCUUGCAUCAACAGUUACCUAUUUGAUCAGUGAUGAUUCACGAUACAUGACUGGGACCACCAUCUUUGUUGAUGGUGCCCAGUCCAUAGUAAGGCCUCGAAUGCGAUCCUAUAUGUGAUUUAUUGUUCUAUUUAUUACAUACUGAAUAUGGUACUGAUGAAAUAGAGUGCCUUUCAAGGAAUAAUUGAGGGCUGCAUUCAUAAGUUAUGUAUAUUUGAUCACUGGUUAGUUAUGAUAAAUGACUGGAACCCCUAUCGUGGA